UUUAUUUUUAAUUUCCAUCUUCAUACCCCAAAUUCCAUCUCUCAAAUUCCGAACCCAUCAAAAUCCCAUAAUGGCUUUCUCUUCGUUACAAAAUUUCAUUCGUAUCCCUACCUCAUUGAUUUCAAUCCCAAACUCCAAAAAUCUCAACGCUGCUGCCUCUUUUCACACCACAAUUAAUAAUAGCUACCUCCCUCCCCAGCUGCUCUCGACCAAGCGUCGUCGUCCAGCGGCCUCUUUGUGCAUACAAUGCCAUGGUGGUGGUUUUUUUUCAAUGGACGAUGAUGACAGCAGUGAUAAUGAAGGCCCUCUCGAAACAAUCAACAAAGUUUACAAAAGUAUAAAGAAGAAAGACGUUGCUAAGUUGGCUAAUGUAAUAGCUGAUCAACGUCCAGAUAUCGUGGAUUCCAUACCUUUUCUUCGAACCAGGCUGAAAAUGAGGAAGCUGGCGUCUCAUAUCAUAAAGGGAUUACAAGAGAACCUUGUGUUUUCAAUCCAACCAACAACAAAAGAUGGAUCAAUGGUGGGCAUUAUAUGGAAAGUAGGUUGGAACAAACCGCUAAUAAAAAUUAAAGAAGGAAUCACUAUCCAUUUUCACCAUAGCUAUGUUGGAAUGUUAUUGAUUGGAAACUUGAAGACGCUAUUGGAUCCUCUUCUUCAACUCAUGCCAACGAAAAUGAUGAAAUGGAACGAGGAGCCAAAGUCAAAAACGAGAAGAGUUGUAUCUUUGUGUUUGAGUUUAUUCCUACUCUUCGUCUCUCUUUUCUCUCUUCAAUUUUCUAUUCGUUAAUUUUUGGAUUACAAUAAUAAAAUUUAUUAAUUAUUAUUAACGUGUGAAUAUCAAUUUUAUCCAUCUAUCUAUAUUAUUAUCGAGAGCUUAAUUAGGUUAUUUAUGGUAUAUGUAAAAGUAUAAUAAUGGAUGUUUAGGUUUGUAGUAAUUUAUUAUAUAUAGUUGUUUUCAAAAUAAUUGUAAGCCCUCCAUUUCUCUCUA